ACAGCUGAUUUCCGUCAUAAUUCGUUUACCGCAGCAAAAAGCGGGGUUGAAAUUUUAAUUGGCUUUUCAUAACAGAAAGUAGAAGUGACAACUUUUCCACUAUGUUAAAGCUGGUAGCACAACAACUACAACAGCAAGUGCGCCAGGUGUCCCGUGCUAGCGCAGUCAAUUACACCAAGGCCACAGCUAGUUCCGCCAGCGGUUCCACGCCAUCGAGAGAACAACAACAACAACGUAAGCAACUGUCAUCGAUUGAGGUAACCAAAGCGCUUGAAGGUUGGCCUGAAAAACUACGAAAGGCUGGUGUUGGCGAUAUUGAUUUUAAUUUAAAAUGUUUGGUAGCGCAUGUUUUGGGCCAAAAAUUCAAUACGGUGAAAGGAUAUAACGAUUUAGUUUUCAACGAUGGCCAACUGCAAGAGUUUCAGCGGCUAUGUGAGGCACGUUGUGCUCGUAUGCCACUUCAGUAUAUCCUCGGCGAAUGGGACUUCAUGGAUUUGACCCUGAAGACUGCGCCUUCCGUAUUCAUUCCACGUCCUGAAACAGAGGAAUUCGUUUCCAAAGUCAUAGAAGCGUAUCGCGAUGUAAAGGAGCCGAUUAAUAUGUUUGAAGUUGGUUGUGGCUCAGGAGCUAUGUCACUGGCUAUUUUACAUGCUUUACCCAAUGUGCGAAGCACAGCCAUUGAACGGGGUAAAAUAGCCACGAAUUUAGCUAGGGAAAAUGCCAAGAUACUGGGCUUAGAUAAUCGGUUCACAGUGUAUCACCACACAAUGGAAGUGGACAAGUAUGUGCCGCCAGAGUUGGCCAACCAAACAUACGAUUUGAUAAUUGGCAAUCCGCCCUAUGUAAAGUCUGAAGAGUUCCCUCUCUUGCAACCAGAAGUAGUAGCCUACGAGAACUUGAAUGCAUUGGAUGGUGGUCAAGAUGGUCUACGUGUAGCUCGUCUGGUUUUCAAUUUAGCAUGCGAGCACUUGCGGCCUGGUGGCAAAAUGUGGCUGGAAUUAGGAGAGGACCAUCCACCGCUGGUACAAACUAUUAUGGAUACACAAUAUGAAGGUCGCUUGCGUUUCAUUGCUGGUUACAAAGAUCAGUAUAAGCGCAAUCGCUUUGUAGAAAUUGAGAAGGUCAAACCUGAAGUUGAUAAAUAGGUGAUAAAUGGGCACUUGUUGACCAAUACAAAAGCAUUGGAAGCUAAUUUUCUCGACUUCGAAAUAUUAAAUAUUUCUGCAAAUUAGCCCUAGUGAUAAAAAAUUAGCAAGUAUUUUGCUGUAUGCAUUUAAAAUGCACCGCAUAUAUAAAUAGAAAAUAAUUUAAUUUAUUCAAAGAAAGUUGUUUGAUGAAACCUGUAUCUGAAGCCUUACUUAGUGAGGAAUGUAGCACUUUAAGCAUUACCGCUUCAUAAAAGAGUAGUUCUUUCAAUAUUUAUUAUUCGAAAACAAGCAAAAUAUGCCGAUAUCAAUGAUUGAAUUUAAAUUAAAAUAAACAAAACUAAGCUUCAGUGCUUGCAAAACGUU